ACUUCUCAGCCAUCUAUCUUGACCUGUGAUAAUGAACCAUGACCAUUGCAACGACUAAAAGUAGCAGCACACUCGUCUAGUAUUCUGAUCAUUCAUAUAUCUUGCUCCUCUCCUAGGCUCGUCCCCUUCUCCCCCUUGAAAUGGAGCCUUCAGAACAAAUGCAUCACCUGCAUUUAGCACCACUCCUCUUCACCCUACUUCUCUCACCAGUGCCACCCUGCAAGCCACAACCCGAUGCCUUCUUCCGGUACAGCAAUUGUACUCCAACACCAUACCAGUGCGGAUCAGUCAAGUUCGACGUCGGUUACCCGUUCUCGGUGAACGGCGUGGACCGGCCGGACUACUGCUCGUUCCCCGGGUACCGCCUCUCCUGCACAAACGACAAGCUGGUGAUCGACACGAAUUCCACCGGGUUCCAGGUCACGAGCGUCGACUACGACAACCUCCUCCUCACCAUCAUCGACCAGGGUCUAGCCGAAGAGACGUGCCUGCAGCCCUACCGGAACACCACCAUCAACGACACCAUGUUCAUGUACACCGACCGUGACCAGUUCCUGACGGUGUACAUCAACUGCAGCGCCAAAUCAUCGUCGAUUCCUUUUGCGUAUGAUAUAUUCUCGUGCUUGUCUGGGGGCCGCUCCUACUAUGUGCUGGAUAAUGGCACGUUGGCGCCGGAUCAGCUGGGAUCAUGUAGCUCAACUCUGGUUCUUCCAUACAACUCGACGAUGGCGGGCUCGCUGGCUGCCGGAAAUUCCAGCCUUGGGGAUGCGAUAAAAGGCGGUUUCACGGUGAAGUGGAAGGCGGGCAUGGGGUGGUGUGGAGUCUGUAGGUAUUCCGGAGGGAUCUGCGGAUAUAAUGGUAGCUAUCCUAGUGAUCAGAUAUGUUUCUGCCCUGAUGGUCCAUCUAUUGGGUCAUGUUCUUCAGGGCUGAAGAAGUCGAGCAAGAAAUCGAUUGCAAUAGGUAUAGUGUCAGCUGUCUCUUGUACAGUUUUACUGUUGCUGCUCCUUUCUAUGUGUGCUCUAUACCAUAAGAAAUUCCACGGCGCAAUGUCCUGGAAAGGGGGAUCGAAACACGCUCCAAGCAUUGAAUCAUUCUUGCAAAAGCAUGAAGCUCAGCACCCAAAGAGAUAUACUUAUUCAGAAGUGAAAAGAAUGACCAAAUCCUUCUCGCACAAGCUAGGCCAAGGCGGCUUUGGUACUGUUUAUAAGGGUAAUCUGCCAAAUGGGCGUGAGAUAGCAGUGAAGCUUCUCAAGAACUCCAAGGAUGAUGGGCAGGAAUUCAUGAAUGAGGUAGCAAGCAUCAUGAGAACUUCUCAUGUUAAUGUUGUGACUUUGCUAGGGUAUUGUCUCCAAGGAUCAAAAAGAUCUCUUAUCUACGAGUACAUGCCUAAUGGUUCACUCGAAAGAUUUGCAUUUGGACAAAACUCUGAAGGGGAAAACUCACUAAGUUGGGAGAAAUUGUUUGAUAUUACAGUUGGCAUUGCUCGUGGGCUUGAAUAUCUUCAUCGAGGAUGCAGUACUCGUAUCGUGCAUUUUGAUAUUAAACCCCACAAUAUCCUACUGGACCAAGAUUUUUGUCCAAAGAUCUCUGAUUUUGGAUUGGCAAAAUUGUGCAUGACAAAAGCGAGUAUUAUCUCUAUUGAUGGUGCAAGGGGAACCAUCGGCUACAUUGCCCCAGAGGUCUUCUCACAGCAAUUUGGACAAAUAAGUACCAAGUCCGAUGUCUAUAGUUACGGGAUGAUGGUCCUUGAGAUGGUUGGAGCAAGGAAGAACAUCAAUAGGAGUUCAGAGGUCAGUAGCAAAUAUUUUCCUCAAUGGGUUUAUGAGCAUUUGGAUGAAUAUUGUACUGUCAAUGCUGGUGAGAUCAGUGUUGAUACUGAGCUUGUCAGAAAGCUGAUAUUAGUCGGAUUGUGGUGCAUACAGUUGCAGCCUAACAACCGGCCUUCAAUGACUAGAGUAGUUGAAAUGUUGGAAAGCAGGGCAAAUGAUCUGCAGAUUCCACCACAAAGUCUCUUGUGUUGAAGGCUUCAGCUUCAGUUUUAGUUUGUCCGUAUUCCUGUACCAUGUAACUGGAACUCCAACCAACAAGACGUACUGCAAACGUGCUUUGUACUCUAAAACGUGCUUUGAACUCAUACUACUGGUACGAAUCUUUUGUGCAUUUGCAUUUGAGCGAGACUAGCAAAGAAUUAGCAACUCAAAGUGGCCAAACUUUUAUUUGUGUAACAUUUACUUCGUA